AUGGGGAGUUCGGAAACUGGAGGAGUGGAUUGCAGCGUGGGGAGUAUAGUGUGGGUCCGGAGGCGAAAUGGGUCUUGGUGGCCAGGAAAGAUAAUAGGGACUGAAGAGCUCUCGGCAUCCCAUAUAACGUCUCCACGGUCCGGAACUCCGGUUAAGCUUCUUGGAAGGGAAGAUGCAAGUGUUGACUGGUACAAUCUGGAGAAGUCUAAACGUGUGAAGGCGUUUCGGUGUGGCGAGUUUGAUGAGUGUAUAGAAAGGGCUGAAGCUUCUCAGGGCAUGCCUCCAAAGAAAAGAGAGAAAUAUGCACGUCGGGAAGAUGCAAUCCUCCAUGCUCUUGAACUCGAGAGGCAAUUAUUUGAGAAAAGUGGGAAAGUGGGUUAUGCUUCUAAUGAUAAGAACAAGAAGUCUGAAGAUGUCACUUAUUCUGGUCACUAUGAAAAUGGAAGUGGAAAUCAGAUAGAUCCCAGAUCUCUUCAAGUUUCUGAGAGGCUUGGUAUGACAGUUGCAGAGAACCAUGUGGCAAAUCAUAUGCAUGGAGAUAAAGUCAGAGAGGGAAACCAACUGAGAGGAGAUGAUUAUAAUGCUGGUAUACUACCCCGUAUGAGAGGAUUGCAGGACAUUGGUCUUCGGAGUGCUCCGCAAGUGCAUAAGCUUUCUCCUGCUGUAGAUUCAAAUGUUUAUCCUAAAGCUCCUGUUGUUUGCAGCACUCCUGCACUCCCUAAUGAUGCUUUUUCAGCAGACUGUAAAAUUGACCCCAAUAUAGAAAAUGUGUCAGACAAUAGGAAAAGGUUGGAUGAAAGCUUGGCUGAUUUAUCCAUUGUCAAGAGGCACAGACAGCGCCCUCUUAUUCAGGUACUGGAGAAUAGUGCAAAAUUACCAGUUCCAGAAUCUCAGAUGGAAACAUCAGUUUCCAAGUUUGAAGAAAGUUUUAACCGACAUUCUGCUGAUUAUGGUGAAGAGCACACUUCUGAGUCCACAGAGGAUACUGAAACCGAUUCUUCUGAGACCGAUACUCUGGAAUCAGAUUCUGAUGACGAGAUGACUGCUCUUUCUGAUGGUUCUGCGUCUAUAGAAUUACAACCCAAAUAUCCAAGAAGAACUGAAGAACAAGGACAUGGAAGCAUGAGCAGUGACGACCUCGAUGAACUGGAAUUUGGAGAUGACACCCCCGGUUCUUUUCACAACAACCCACCCUCAGCUAGCAUGGGGGUGUCCAGGUGGCAGCUGAAAGGGAAAAGGAAUAACCGUGGUCUUAUGAAGAGGACUGAUGCAGAAGUUUCUGGAGGAUAUAUACAUGGAAGAAAGUCAAAUUGGAGCAGUAGUGGUAAAAAAUCUGAUUUGAUUGAGAGAAGUUUUAGGACUAGCAUGCCUGGAUAUGGAUCUACAGGUCUACCAGAUGGCUUGGCUUGGAAUGAUCGCUCAUCCAUGAGAGGAUAUUGGGAUGAUUCAAUCGAUCCUUUAGCUGCUCAGCAUCAUUUUGGUGGAAGGACCAUGUUGUUGGACGUGGAUUUGAAGGUUCAGGCAAACAACUACAGAAGAGAUGUCCCUCUUAUUUCAUUGCAGAGUAAGCUAAAUGGACAUGCUAUAAUAGGGCACCCAAUCCAAAUUGAAGCUCUUGAAAGUGGUUCCUCAGAAAACCUUCUUCUUGCAACUGAUCGUUUUUAUCCUGAAACAUCGGAGAAUCAUACAGCGCUUACACCUGUAUGGAGGACUGCUCGUAGAACAGCGAAUUUUCGGGUUCCACGCCCACAUGUGUCCUCAGCGAUGAGUAGUGAAAGUAAACCAGUUCUUCAAGAAGUUGUUGACCAAUACAAAAGAAUCCCAUUUGGACACCACCAACAUUUGGACAGGAGAUCUCCAAGAAAUUCACCGACAAAAAUUAGUCCGUCUUCCAACCAGAAGACGAGAACUCUUUCUUCGAUUGCUUCAGAAUCAAAACGUAGUAUUGAUCAACAAGGGGGAAGCAACAAUUAUGAAGCAGAAGGGCUGAUGAAAACCCCUGCAACUGUAGCUUGUAUACCUGUUAAGCUGGUAUUCAGUAGGUUACAUGAGGAGUUGGCUGGGCGCCAUCAGUAA